AUGGCCCCUUCAUCAGUCUUUGUCAAGGCCGGCGCCGUCGCCUUGGCUGCUUUCACAUCAUCCGCCGCAGCGGCAGCUGUCGUUACACCAACCGAGUACAAGGUUGCAGAUGUAUACCAGGGACAGACUUUCUUUGAUCAGUUCAACUUCAUUAACGAUGUUGACCCGACCCAUGGAUUCGUCGACUUCAAGUCACAGGGUCAAGCAAAGAGCCAAGGGUUGAUCAGUGUCAACGCACUUGGACAAGCAUACAUGGGAGUUGACUCGACGACUGUUUAUACGGACCUAAACAAACGCGGAAGGGCUAGUGUCCGUGUGGAAAGCAAGAAGCUCUAUAAUGGAGGCCUCUUCAUCGCCGAUAUUGCCCACAUGCCCUCAUCCGUCUGUGGUGUGUGGCCGGCCUUCUGGACUUCCGGACAGCAAAACUGGCCAAAUGAUGGUGAGAUUGAUAUCAUCGAGAAUAUCAGCGAGGCCAAGCAGAAUGCCGUCACCCUGCACACAGGGACUACGGACUGCACCCUUUCCAAGGCUGCUCAGGGAGGAAGCUUAGUUACUUCGCACUGCUCCAACUACUACGCAGACCAUGUAACUCAGUGGGAGAACCAAGGUUGCUCUGUUGACAGUACCGACUCCACCAACAACUAUGGCGACGGCUUCAACUCCGUUGGUGGUGGGAUCUACGCGCUGGAAUGGACCGGAACGACUAUUAAGGUCUGGAACUUCCCUCGCCUCAGUGCCGAUGGUAUCGACGCAUUGAGCGCAAACCCAGACCCGACCAAAUGGCGCAAGGCCACCAUCACCACCGUUGGAGGCUCUUGCGAUGUUGCGAAACAGUUCAAGAACCACAACCUGAUCAUCGACACGACCUUCUGUGGUGAUUAUGCUGGCCAGGAUGUCUUCUGGCAAGCGACUACUUGCUACAAGUCCAACCCAACCAAAUACGCCAGCUGUGCAUCCUAUGUCGCCGCAAACCCGAGCAAAUACAAGGACGCAUACUGGCUUUUCAAUGGAGUCAAGCAGCACAAAGGCUUCAACUUCAACUUCGACCAAGGCUUCAACUUCGACCAAGGCUUCAACUUCGACUUCAACCAAGGCUUCGACUUCGACGUCGACCAAGGCUUCAACUUCGACUUCGACCAAGGCUUCGACUUCGACACAUACAGCAACUCUUCCACGACCGCCCCGACAGAUUACCCUACUCUCACUUCCACCAUCGUCACUACCUCCGUGUAUACCGUCACUAGCUGCGCGCCAACUGUGACAAACUGCCCGGUUGGCCAUGUCACGACAGAGGUGAUCACAAGCUUGACGACCUGGUGCCCUGGCAACCCAACCUACACGCCUGUCCCUACCACUACCCCUGAGUCUGAGGAGUACACCACCUCGACUGUGUAUGCCACCAAUGUCGUGACAAUUACCAAGUGCCCCCAGACUGUCACCGACUGCCCCGCUUCAUCCACCGUUGUUGUGACCUCCGUAUACCCAGUUUCGACCACCGUCUGCCCCGUUGGUUCCCUGCCAACCUACACCGGUCUUCCUUCUGUGAUUCCCCCAUACGGAAAUGGCAACGGGACCGCACCCGCUGGCCCUACCGGACCCGCUGGUCCAGGAGGACCUGCAAACCCAACCAAAUCAUCCGCCCCUGUUCAACCUAUCAAGCCAGUUACUCCAGAGCAGCCUACCAAGCCAAUUACUCCAGUGCAGCCUACCGUCCCGGCUUUCGCUAGCUCUGGAGGUAGGGUUGGAGCUAGCGUGAGCCUGUUGAUGGGUGUUGCUGCUGUCGCUCUGCUUUUGUAA